CAACAAACAAACUACCGAUUUUACUUGCGUAGUAAAAUCGAUAACAUAUAAUGCGAAAUUUAGCGGCAGCAGUUAUCGCGUAAUUUCAACUAUGGGCAGUAAGAAAACACCCUGUUCCACUGUCAGUUAUUUGAAAAGUAGUUGGACGCCACUCAAUAAUGUAGAAACUAAUGCACAGGUUUUUCAAGAGAGAAGAGCUCUGCUUGGAAAAUGGUAUGACAUGUGGUCAGACGCGCAGCGUGUGAUCAUACUCGAAGACCUUAUCGGCAAGCUGAGCUUAUCGCAUCUGGAAGCCAUAAGAGUUCUGGUGGACCGCAGGCUACCAAUCAAAUGCCACGACUUUACCAGGCUGCUUCCUCGUGUACUUACGCUUCAUAUUCUAUCGUACUUGGAUCCACGGUCACUCUGCAGAUGCGCCCAGGUGUGCUGGUCCUGGAAGUACGUGGCAGAACUAGACCAGCUCUGGAUGCCGAAAUGUAUGAGGUUUGGAUGGUUGCCUGCACCCACACCGAGCACACACGAGCCUGACGCCUGGAAGAGGUUGUACGCAAAACGCAUAAAGGAACUGAAUCUAACACGGCCAAAGCGGCCGUCGUCGGUGAAAACGUGCGAUAGUGGAACCGGUCGAAAAUCCACGAGACCUCAGUCAUCGUGGUGCAGACCUAGGUCUCCCUCUCCCGACAGGAGGCCUCGAACACGACCUUCCUCAGCAACCGAUGCUGUUGUAGAGAAAAAUCAGAAAAACAAAGUGCCUCCAUGGAGAGACAGUGACCCACACCCUACAGACACAUUACGCAUGAACUACCUGGAUAAUGAUAUGCUGGCUUCUAGCAAGCACUACAUGGCCAUAAAAACGAAACUCAAAGCUGCUGCUACAGCAAUCAAUGCUACAACUAAACUUAUGGCAAAGCAUAGUGAUCAUAUCUCUGACAAGGCACUUGCCUUGCCAUCUUCAGGUGGAGGUGACGUGGCAUCUUCCCUGACAGUGACACCACUCAGAAGAGUUAAACCAAAAUCAGUCAUCAAUGCAACUGGCAGUGGCGACGCCCAGGCCACCGAAAUAGCUUCUGGUGACGAUCACUUGUUUAGCAGCCGCAUAUCGUUGCCCGCUAGUCCAGCUGCAAAUACUGAGGACAAGUUGUCAGCAUCUGCUCUAGGUGGCGCCACUCUCGACGCAUCUUCGAUCUCGUCACAGAAGCUCUUGGAGCUCAUGAGGCAGUUUGCUGUGGCUAGCAUGGAGCUAGCGCCAGCAGCGGGGAAAGAUUCUGACAUACCGCUAUCAGGCAGACAGAUGGCGCCACUGCUCAGUCUUCCUGCCGCUGGGGUUGGCAAGCGCCAUAGCCGGCAGAUUUCGAACGCAAUAGAUCACCGUGAGAGCAGUCGGUUAUCUUCCACGCUGGUGCCUGUUGACGGUGUGGAAUCUCUGCGGAAGCGGGAGUGGAAAAUUCCAGCAUAUACGGCAGAGGAUUCGGACUGACUAAGUGCAAGUAUAUAUGAUUAAAUUGAAUGUGAAUCUACAGAAGUAGGAAACAGUGUUUGAAUCUCAUCAUCAUCAAAAACGUGAUGGACACAAUGAUUUCAUUGAGCUGUUUAUGUGAGGUCGUCAGAUGGAGCUUAUAGAGUUCUUAUACGUAUUUAUAUUGUACUUCUAGCUAUAGUUAUAGACACCUAUCCAUCCGUCACUGUUAUUUGCAUAAUUAUAAUGGGUUUUUCACUCAUGGCAUGUUAGGGGCAAUUGAAAGACACGUUGUGAGGUUGAAGCUGGACGUAAGGGAAUUGUAGUACAAAUUCAGUCAUUCACACAUAGAAUCAUGGCAAAACUACAAGUCUACCUAAACUACACAUGAAAAGUGAAUAGUAAUGGAAGGAAAAGAAGUUAACAUUGUGCUUUGGAGGUCGCAUAUAUCAGUGGGUCAAAGGGAAAAUUUUGGAUAGUAACGAGCAGACGGUUCAACAGUCCCAUGAGAAGAGAAGCAUCCAUGUUUCUGUUCUGGUGUUGAAAUUACAUUAACUUACCACUUUUGUGCAAAGACUUCCGUGACAAUUCGACCUUUAAAGUCGGUGUUUAAGCACGUGUUUUCAUAACAGACGUAAGGUAAAGCUAAGUUGGUACGCAAGUUUAUGUAAAAGACAAAUUCUUUACAGUAAAGUUAAACAUGUAAAGUAUAUUGGAAAAGGGGUGGCACUCAAAAUUCCCCUAUAUAUUCUUUAUAAUUUGAAGCCUGUUGAUUUCUGGCAGCAUAUAUGAAUACACUAAGUAAGGGCAUGUCAGUGAUCCAUAAGAGACACAGAAGCAAUGGAGGUAUCUUAACUGUGUGUAAUAUACGCUUAGCUAAUUGGCCCAUUUAUAUGCUAUCCUUUCUGCUGUGUUGGGUUAAAUGCUAUAUCAGGAUCAAUUUACCUUCUUUGGGGUACGGCCCGGGUCUUCCAUUAUAAACCUAUUAGGAAGUCAAUGUGUUUUUCUGAUUAGUUCUUAUGUAACAAAGGAGAUUUAUGCUAAAUAUAAAAAGCAGACAAGAAAUGGAUUGGUGACUUGUGGAUGAUGCUAAGAAGAAAAAUCUAUAUUUAGUGUGAUUCCAGUCACAAGUCCUAUAGUGAUCUCGGGCAUGCCAGAAUUAAACACCAAACAUUGAACGGUGUGCCUAAGACAAUUUGUAAAUUAUACACCGUGCAAUCAAGCUGAACAAGGUACAGUAAAGUAUUUGAAAUGUACAAGUGGUUGUGCCUUUUACCAAACAUCCAUUUAUUGACUUUAAUCUCAUUCAUUCCAUGCCAUCACAUUCCGCGCUAGGUGAACUUUGUACACUGUUGGUUGGUGUGAGCAUAGUGUGGGCGGCUGUGAUACGUCAUAUUCCAUAUCGUUCAGCCAACAGGCAUUUCCUAUGCAUAUAUAUAUGUCAGGUACCUAUAGAUGUAUUUUAUUAGUCAUUAUUGCAACGUCAUUAUUGCGUAUUGAGGCAAUAUUGGGACACAAUUUCAGAUAUUUUUUGGUGGAGAUUAUAUUUAACCAAAUUUCAAUGUGAAUAUUGUUUUUGUUAGAUUUAGUAUUGUAAAACAUUUUAGAGGGUUUCUGGUAUUGACAUUGUUGUACAAUUCGUGUAUGGAACUAUAAACGGCUGUGUUAUAGGAAACAGAGAAGAACAUGUCUCACAAUCAGAUUGUGGGUACAGUGGCACUGUUGGCAUGCCUCUGAUUGCUCACAUGAAGUAAGAUUUCUAAUUGGAAGGGACAGUAAUGCAUAGUUGAUCAUCUUAAACAUCACUACACAAUUCAUCAAGUGGGUAAAAAUGUGCAUUUGGGCCAGCACUGGCCUAAUUCCAAGUGUAUGUAGAUCAAUUUGGCACCAGUGGUGUGUAAUGUAUUGGAUUAGUGCUAGCUGAUGGUGACAUUGCAUAUCUAGUGCGGAAACAAAACAAAUUUCCAUGCUAGUUCCUGUCAAUAUUAUGAUAUAGGAAUAUUUACAUAAGAAUGUCAUUUUGUUAUUAUCGUGAUGGUUUUUAUAUGUGAAGUAUUUCCAGUUGUAUUGAGAGUUUUUAAACUACACAAGAGUCAGUAGAUAAUUGGUUUUUCCGCUGUCUAUUAUCUUGUUCACAUUCAACAAUUCGGUUACUUCUUGCUGUUUGUUAAGACAUUUCCAUCUAAUUACACAAUUAACUUUGUGUAGUCGAUCUGCUUUUUACCUCUAGUGUUUUAGUUUUACAACUAUAAGCCAUUUUAUAAUACCGACGUAAAAAUAAAAAUGCAUUUCUGUGAAAA